GGGGAAGAGAUCGAUAUUCUGGCAGACGAUGGCCUCAACUUCCAGGAAGGCGCCUGAUGCCGUGUGACACGAUGAGUAAGACAACCUUGCCCAGCCCUCCACCGCUAGGGAGAUCCUGGACAAAAGUGUUGUGAGGUCUGCGAGGCACCCGUGUGAACCUAGUGUAGUAAGCUACACAGGAAACAACUGCAUCUCUACCAGAAGGUAGGCCGCCAUCCAUCUCUCUCUCUCUCUCUCUCUCUCUCUCUCUCUCUCUCUCUCUCUCUCUCUGUGUCCUCAUCUCUCUGUGUCGACAUUAAAAUUAAAUGAUUCAAUGUUUGACACACAGAAGGUGGGCCCUCUCUGUGUCGUCUUUAAAUACUUCACACACUGAAGGUAAGCUUCUCUCUGUGUCGUCAUCUCUCUGUGCCGUCAUCUCCAUGUUUCGUCAUCUCUCGGUGUCGUCAUCUCCCUGUGCCGUCAUCUCCCUGUGCCGUCAUCUCUCUGUGACGUCGUCUCUGUGUGUGCCGUAAUCUCUCUGUGUUGUCAUCUCUCAGUGUCGUCAUAUGUCUGUGUCGUCAUCUCUCUGUGACGUCAUCUCUUGGUGUCGUCAUAUCACGGUGUCGCCAUCUCACAGUGUCGUCAUCUCUCUGUGUCGGUAUCCCUCUGUGUUGCCAUCUCACUGUCUCGCCAUCUCACUGUGUCGUCAUCUCUGUGACGUCAACACUCGGUGUCGUCAUAUCUCGGUGUCGUCAUCUCACGGUGUCGCCAUCUCACUGUGUCGUCAUCUCUCUGUGUCGGCUUUAAUGUUUCAAUGUUGAACACACACUUUGCUGAUAGAAAGUUGUACUCAGGAACUUGUAAGUUAAGUUUUUUAAACACCUGACAGUGGCGGAUACUGGAUGAAAGAUAAGCAACACUAGUAAAACACACUAAUGUAAAGGAUUUUAAAAAAAAAAAAAUUACAAGUUGUGCCUCCCCCCUCCUUUUCCCAGUCCCAUCCCCAAGAUUUUAACCGUGCCUUUUUAUUUAAAUUUUUUUUUAACUAUAUUAUUUUUUCUGUUUCUUUUCUACCACUGCAAAGUUAUUUAAAUUCAACUUUUACAUAGGCAGAGUUCCUUCUGUGAAGUCUUGCUGAUCUCCUUCUCAAAUAUAGGCCAACAUUGAGUUGUUGUUGUUUGUUUUUUUUAUCUGAUAAUUUGUUGACGUGAAAAUCUACAUAACAUUAACACAUUGCUUGGAAAUAUAAAAAUAAUUUUUUUAACACUUGAAUUAAGGUAAAGCAUCCAAAUUAUUGAUGUGGAAAUAAAAAUAUAAAAAAACAUUAGCUCCCAAAUGUGUUUGUAUCCACAUCAAUCAUUUGGCUGCCCAAGCUUGAGUUGAUCAUUAUCAUUUUCCCAGCAAUCGUGAAUACUAAUUGGCUAAUUUUGCUUCUCAACAGAUUCAGCCAAUGCAAAAAUCCCUGAUUGAGGGAGGGCUCAGUGAAAAUAAUUCCAAGAAUUUUUCAACAUCAAGAGCUUAUUAAAAGGAUGACUGAAGAAUUAAUAGUCUGUUAGCUUGAGAUGAGCAGAGAUUUGGCUAACGUUAUGAAGUGCACUCAAUACGUUGGAAGGCUUCAGAAGAGUUUCUGACACAAUUAUUUUUAAGUCUGGUCGCCCAUUAAAAUCAUCAUAAUAGGCCAGGUGCAGACUAUGUCCGGUGACAUGAAGAAAGACAUCCGCUCUGAGGCCAGGAGCUUCAGUGCCAGCUUGACCAACGUGUUUCUACUGAAGAGGCGCGACCCACAGUCCAAGAACCUGUUGGAGAAGGCACAGGUGAGGGGGUCAGCAGGCUCAGCCGUGUGGUCAGCAGUAUGUGGAGUAUUUACCUUUAAAAACUAGUCUAGGUUAGGCAUGCUUCAAAGUUACAAGGCAUUGAAAAAUCUUAGGGAUGCUCUGCAUGAUCAUUAUGUCAUAUGGAAUUCAUGGUCAUUAUGUCAUAUGUAUUUCAUGAUCAUUAUGUCCUAUUGAAUUCAUGGUCAUUAUGUCAUAUGAAAUUCAUGAUUAUUAUGUCAUGUGGAAUUCAUGGUCAUUAUGUCAUAUGGAAUUCAUGAUCAACAUGUCAUAUGUAUUUCAUGAUCAUUAUGUCCUAUCGAAUUUGUGGUCAUUAUGUCAUAUGAAAUUCAUGAUUAUUAUGUCAUGUGGAAUUCAUAGUCAUUAUGUCAUAUGGAACUCAUGAUCAUCAUGUCAUAUAGAAUUCAUGAUCAUUAUGUCAUAUUGAAUUCAUGGUCAUCAUGUGGAAUCCAUGAUCAUUAUUUCAUAUGUAAUUCAUGGUCAUAUAGAAUCCAUGAUCAUUAUGUCAUAUGGAAUUCAUGAUCAUUAUGCCAUGUGGAAUUCAUGAUCAUUAUGUCAUAUCAAAUUCAUGAUCAUUAUAUCAUAUCAAAUUCAUGAUCAUUAUGCCACAUCAAAUUCAUGAUAAUUUUGUCAUAUGAAAUUCAUGAUAAUUAUGUCAUGUAGAAUUCAUGAUCAUUAUGUCAUAUGGAAUUCAUAAUCAUCAUGUCAUAUGGAAUUCAUGAGCAUUCAUUAGAGACCAAAAAAAAAAAAAAAAAAAAAAUUCUAAUACAAAAAUUUAAAAUAAAUAUGCCACAUCAAAUUCAUGAUAAUUUUUUCAUAUGAAAUUCAUGAUAAUUAUGUCAUGUAGAAUUCAUGAUCAUUAUGUCAUAUGGAAUUCAUAAUCAUCAUGUCAUAUGGAAUUCAUGAGCAUUCAUUAGAGACCAAAAAAAAAAAAAAAAAGGAAAUUCUGAUACAAAUAUUUCAAAUAACUAUUGUACUCCACAAAAAUGAUCAAAUUAGCCAUGUGGCCCUUAAAAAAUACUGACUCCACCAGCCCUGGUUGUGUAACAGACAGGGCUUCCCCCUAAAUGUCUCUCACAACCCUGCUUGUAAAAACAGAGAGUGUUGCAUUACAAAUUUGAUUAUUAUUAUGUAAAACUUUAAAGUAUGUACCAUGUUGAAUUUUCUGACAAUAUUCAUGUCAAUUAUUUCAUAUUUAUGUAUCAUCAAUGUUUCACUUCUCUCAAUUGUAUGUCCUCUGGUUCAAGUUAUUUAGUCUCAAUUAAAUAUUUUCCAUUCAUUUAUUAUCCAACUCAGCAACUGAUUGAUGGUCUGUUGGCUGAGACUCCCAUCAAACCCGUCCCCGCCACCCCACCCCCUCGACCGGCUCGGGGAGGGACGGGCAUGGGGCAGCUGUGGGUCAAGCUGGAUGAGCUGAAGAGAGAAAAUGAUGAUCUGAAACGCCAAAGAACAAGAUCCUCAGAUGAGAAAGCAGGUUCUCCGAAAUCCCCAAAGUCACCAAAGUUUCAGCCCCCAACAGUGAGUGACGUGAUGUGCAUUGCUAAAGUUAAGAUGCAUUUAAUCUUAAAAAAAUAAGCAUUGAGUAUAAAUAAUAACAUAUGAUGCUUCACGAGCUGAUUAUAAUAAUUUUGGACAAGCCAGUGUUUUUUUUUUUGUUGGAUAUGAAGGGUAUGCUAUUUGAAGUGACCAAUGGUCGAACAUAGUGCCACACAGUAACCAGUUGGCCCAGAGGAUCCUUGUUUGAUUGGUUAUGUUGUCGUAUUAAAAGUUCAUAAUUGCAUUAUAGAGUAAACAAUAAACACAUUUUUGUUUUUAAACAAAAUAGCUUUUUAUGACUGAAGUGUCAAAUAUUUCAUUCAGGAAACAUUGUUUGUGUACAUUGCAUGUUUCUAAUAUGAUCAAUGAUCAGUAGGAAUUAGACCAAUGAAACAAGUAAAGAAAUUUUAUGUAUAAAUUGUGUUGCAUUUGAUUAUUAAAAAAGUAUAUAUUUUUUUGUCAAAGCCAGGGCAAGUAGAGGCAUUGAGUGCUGAACUCCAGAGGUCAAAGCUCGAAAUUGAUUCACUGAAGGCUCAGAUUGACAAGCUCCAAAAGACAAUAAAAGAGCAUCAGAUGGUGAACUCUAACCUUAGAGAUGACUGCAAGAGGUCAAAGGCAGCCUUAGAGGCAGCGCAGAAAUCCGCCAUGAAAGCGCGAGAGGACACCAAGAAAAUGGAGGCCAGCUUGCAGUCCGUCAAGGCCGAGUGUGAAGCAAUGAAACAAAAGUAAGAGAUGUGUCCAGAUUGAGCUGUUUUGUUGCAUAGUCUACAUCAAAAAAAAUAAUCAUUAAAUUCUUUAGUAAUGGGUAAGAAUUAUUUGGAAAUAAAAACUUAUUUAAAUUUUUCAUUAAAAUGACAAAUUGAAUUAGCGUUAUAGUCUAACACUUGGAUGGAUAGUUAAAAGAAUGUUCUCAUAUAUUGUAAUAAAUAAUAUGAAACACAGUAUAUAAUGAAAAUUAUAAUGAGAUAUACGUGUAUACAUGAAAAAAAAAAUCUGUGCUCAUUUAUAUUAUAAUAGUUUAUAAGAUUCCUCAUGUCAACUUUUAAUUUGAUAAAAUUUCAGAAUGUCCCAACCGACCCACACAACACCCACAAAACCGCCCAUCUGCAGUCCCAAGCCCAAGAUGCGCACAGACAACAGAUUAACAGAAAAUAUCAGUGAAAGAUGUCGGCCUAGCAACAUUGCAGUGGCUUACACAACUCUGGAAUCUCAGGUAACUGCAGUGGCUUACACAACUCUGGAAUCUCAGGUAACAUUGCAGUGGCUUAUACAACUCUGGAAUCUCAGGUAACUGCAGUGGCUUACACAACUCUGGAAUCUCAGGUAACAUUGCAGUGGCUUAUACAACUGUGGAAUCUCAAGUAACAUUGCAGUGCCUUAUACAACUUUGGAAUCUCAGGUAACAUUGCAGUGGCAUACACAACUCUGGAAUCUCAGGUAACAUGCAGUGGCUUAUAAACUCUGGAAUGUUAUGUAAAAGUGGUCUUUGUUUGAAACAUUUCAUGUAGAUUUUUAAAAUUUCAAACACAAAUGAUGUGUUAUGAGAUGAAAUCUGUAAAUCUGGGGUUUAUAAGUGUCGGCUAGGGUCAUUUGUUGAUUUGUUUUAUUUUGCUUUUAAUUUCAUCUGGCUGUUUGGCCAUUUGUUGUUGCUUUCUUCUUAUUGUUUCCUUCAUGUUAUUCCCCAAGUCUAAUGAUAAUAUAACCUUUGGAACAGGAAUGGAUGGAUGCCAAAGAAAAUCUUGAGGAGUUUACAGAUGAGGAAGAAACAAUCACACAAUUUUUAUGUGACAUUCUAAUGGUAAGUUAUUUAUCACUUCAGUACCGGUACUUUUUUUUAGAUAGAUUCAAAUUUUUUUUUUUUAAUCUCCUCUUAGCAGUAGCCGAAUUACAAGAGGUAAUAAACAGGUAGGUUGAAUGUUCCCAGUUGGAUGUGCUGGGCAGUUAAAAAAAACAAAAAACUAAAUACCGCAAUGAACCCCAAGGAUUAUUUAUAUAAAAUAAAUUAAUUGAAGAUAUUAUCCUAAACAUUGACAUUAUUAGUCUUUCACUUGUCUGCCCUUUUCAAGAUGAAAGUUUUUCACAAUUUAUAUAAAAUCAAUCUACAAUAAAUAUGUUUUUUUUUUUCAGAGCUCAUUCCAAGCCAGCCAAACAGCAUUGGAGAGUGUUGAGAGAGUUAUAGCUUAUGUCCUAACAAAUCCUUCCUCAGCAGUAAGUUGGUUUGUUAUACACAAUUUCAGCAUUUCUUUCCGUUUUUACAAAUAACAAUCCCCCCCCCCUCCCCAAUUUUACCACUUGAGUACAUUUAAAAUAUGUAAAAUUGUGUUAUGUCAGUAUAUGAUUGCUCAAAAGUUUUUUUCCAUGGCAAUUUCAUGUAGAGCAAUUAUGAACCCAAAUCAGUUUCCAAUAUACAAAUAGUUCAUCUCCAUGUGUAUUUCUGAGAGUAAAGCUAUCAUUUCCAUUCAUGAUGCUUUCAGUUGUCCAUGUUACCAGACAGCCACCGUUCUUGCCAGCUGCCUGAUGAGUUUGGUGACAUUGUGUGCCAGAGGCUGAGAGCGACUGCUGAUAAAUUCAACACUGACCAGGUGGCUGAGGUGGGGAUUUCUCUCUCGCAUGUGGUUUUUCUGUUGUUCUUGGUGUGAAUAAAAAAAAACAUCAUGAGUUGUUCAUACUUCUAGUUAGAUGAUGAGCGGUGCUGUAACAGAUAGAAGUGCAUGUUUUUUCAUUUAACCUCUGUCAUAUAUGCUCUGUGCGUGUUGGUGAACAGAUCAAAGACAUCGGAAAUGUUUUAUAGAUCAGUAAAAUAUUAGAAUUAGAUUAAAUUUAAGGUCAGAGAAAAAAAAAUUCCUUCUAAUUCUAAAUACUUAAAAGCAGUUACUGGUGUUCCCAAACACGUUUGAGAAUCAAUUAGACCCGUCCUCGCUCUUACAAGUUCACAAAGUUUAGGAAUCACAGAUGUGAACCACUGAAAUAAAGUAAUCAUGUUAAGGUUCUCAGUUUCCAAAAUAUAUGUCUAAACUCAGUUUGGAGCAAUGUUUCACAACCUUUUUAUCCAUACUGAGAACCCUUGGAACAAUAUUCAAAUCUCAGAGAAUAUUUGUAUACCCGGUACAUCAAGUUUUUGAUAAAUAAGAAUUAAAAUAUUUCUUUAUCUUGUAAUGGUAAGUGUCGAAUCUCUGGUGUGAUAUGUUAUAAAAAACUAGGGUAAUGGGGAAUCCAGUUUGAGGAAUCCUGGUUGAGAGAGUAAAAGCACAGAUAUAUCAAUUAGUAAAAAUCAAAUACAAAGAUAUUUUUAACAAAUGUAUGAAUGUGAUAUUUUUUACUACUUUAAUUUUUCUCAUUUUUUCAGCUGGCCAAAACCUAUUGCAACAGUUCUUCCCCUAUCUUCUCAACCUUGUCCAACCCAUCAGUGCAAAGAUAUCUCCAUCAGUGUUGUGCCCUAACGUGGCAGAUGGCCAUUCAGAAACCACAGAUGAAGCUUCAUGUCACAGACACUAGAUUUGACCCUGCCCACCAUCAACUCUGGUGGUCAUGCAACAAGACCCAGGCCAGGCAGAUAGACUACUUUAUUUGGCCAGUUUUGUAUGAUUACGAGGAUGGCAACUUGAUGGUCAAAGGUUGUGUACAUGCAAGUUGAUCGGUCUGCCCCUCUAUCUGGCCAUUGUUGGACAACUAUUAGGAUGGACCCUUAAUGGUCAAAGGUUGUGUGCCUGCAAGCUGACCUGUCUCAGAAAUAACACAUUUAAAAUCUAAAUUGAUCCAGCUACUUCAUAUUUUAAUAAGUAAUUGGAUGUUUUAGUUUAUGAACAAGACAAGACUGGUCAUAAGUGGAAAGAGCAAUGUUAAAAAUAUGAAAUGAAAACUCUCAAAAGUUAUUAAUGAACUUAAAUCACUUUUGUACUUAAAUUGAUGUGUUUUUAAACAAAUUUUCUAUUAAAGUGUAAUUUUAUAUUUCCUCAAAGGUGCUAAGGUUUAGGCAAACAAACUUUGGCGUUCUGCAUGAUAAUCAGGAACUGCUGGGCUUUAUAUGUGUGUGUAUGAACAAAUGGUAUUUAUUUGUAUAAACAUUCUCUGUGUGCUGUAUUCAUGCAGAAUAAACAUAAUUCGUUUUCUACUCUGAAAUCUUGUGGGUAUACAGAAUCAUUCUUCUUGUAAAAGCAUUAGAACGCAAGGAUAUUUUCAAAAUCAAUAUAUCUCAGGUCUACCAUCAGUAUUUCCAGACAGGAAUAAUUUCAAACCAAUUGUUGACCAAUCCACUAUAAAAAAUGUAUGAGAGGAACGCGGUAAGCAUAUGUCCAAGUUCUUACAAAAAACCUAAAAUAUCAGUGAAGGGACAAACUCUCCAAGUAUUAGAACAAUUCACAUAUUUGAGCAGCACCCUCUCCAGGUCAGCAAGAAUAGAUGAGACCAAUAACCAAACUUCCAAAGCAAAUUCUGCAUUUGGAAGGCUCCGCAGGAGUGUAUGGGAGCGAAGGGGUCUCAGUCUUGUCACUAAGCUGAAGGUUUAAUAUGGUGCAAGCAUAUAACAUCAAUCCUAUAAACUAACGAGACGUGGACAGUGCUCAGCAGACAUGCUAGACAGCUAAACCAUCUUCACCUACGCUGCCUAUGCCUUGGCAUAAGAUGGCAGGACAGAAUCCCUGAUGCAGAGCUCCUCCAAUGGGCCGAUUGUAUCAGCAUCCACACGUUCCAACAGAAAGGACAAGCCAGGUGGGCAGGGCAUGUCGCAAGAAUGCCAGACAUCAGAGUUCCCAAACGAAUAAUGUUCUGUGAACUCUUCAGUGGGAAACCCUCAGUUGAUGGGUAGAAAAAACGCUUCAAGGACUGUCUAAAAGCUUCAUGUAAAUCCAUGGACAUUGACCUCGAUUUGUGGGAGACACUUGCCAUCAUCUGUGAAAGGUGCCGUGGCAGGCUCACUGUGUGAUCAAAAUCCUUCAAAGUCAAUGGUGCCAUUGUUCUUUUAAUCACAAAUCCUCACACUAAACUGAUGUUCCGAUUCCACACUGCAAGCAAGGGGGGUGCUCGAAAUUAUUGUUUUAAAUGUUAGUGUUUCCUAUGUCAAAGAAAUAACGCAUGCACAAUGACCCGCAGUUUUGUAAGAAAGAGAGAUAAAAUGAGUGGUUAAAUACUAAAUACUAUGACACAUAAUUUAUCAAUUCUAUUAUUUCUUAAUUUAGUACGUACAUUUUCUAUAUUUAUAUACACUGAAAUGGAAAUAAUAAAACUAAAAUGAACACAUAAUGACCUUAUGGAUUUUAAAGUUUUUUUUUUUUUAGCAGUAGGGAAUGACAGCUGGUCUAUGACUAUUAGAGAAUAAAUGAGAUGAGAAAUCAAAAGUACCUUAGCAAAUAAAGUUUGAGCGACUGAUGGUGACGGGUCAUUCAGCUAUCUGAGGCUGGAGACAUUUUAAUUAUUGGACACCUUAUACAUAAAUCUGUUGUCCUAUCAUAUCAUUGAAAUAAAAUU